GCCGCCUUCCCCGGGCACGACGGCCUCGGCUACAGCCCGCUGAAGCCACCGCAACCAUCGCGCUGGUGGCUUCUACCGACGGCGGAGGCGGCUGCCGACCAGCCCUCCCCGCCCGGCGGCCGGCACCGGGGCGGGCGGGUGCCUGUGCCGGCCGGGGCCCGCCCCCAGCGCCGAGCCCCCCGGGGAGCGGAGCGGAUCCCGCCCCGCUCCUGCCUAUGGGCCGGCGGCGGCCCGGCGCGGCCGGCAGCGCGGGGCUGAGCGCCGACAUGGCCCUGCUCCCCCGCCGCUUCCUCUGCUUCGUGCUGGCCCAUCACUUCAUCGCGGCGACGGCCUGCCAGGAGGCGGACUAUGGCUGGAUGAUCCGGCACUACUGCCUGAAGCAGUUCCAGCUCAGCAUGGAGGGCAUCGGGCAGCGGCUCUGGUGUGACUGGGACGAGACCGUGGGCACCUACGGGGAGCUGACGAACUGCACGGCGCUCAUCGCCGAGAGGCUCGACUGCUACUGGCCCAACCGGCUGGUGGACGAGUUCUUCGUGGCCGUGCACAAGCAGUACUUCAGGAACUGCUCCCCCUCCGGCCGGGCGUUGCACGACCCCCCCAACGGCAUCCUCUGCCCCUUCAUCCUCCUGCCCGUCCUCGUCACCCUGCUGAUGACCGCGCUGGUGGUGUGGCGGAGCAAACGCAGCGAGGGCAUCGUGUAGGGACACCCUGCCGCCCGCGCAGGGGAGGGACAGGACAGGGGGGGGUCCCCACCCCAAAAGCAUCCGUUUUUUUUUGGGAAGACCCUGGCAGAAAAGCAUCCCGGGGUGGGGACCAGGUCUGGGAGGCAGAGACAGUAACGCCACCACUCCUCCCUUGCCAGUACCCUCCACACAGCACACGUGCUGCUCACACGGCGGUUUCCAAAUAAAUCCAUCAUUUAAGCUUUGGUCGUUUGGGAUUCGGGAUGCCGGUGACCGGCGAGGCUGCCCCGGUGGUGGGGAGCCCUCCUGGGGUACUGGGGAGCACAGCUCGCCUCGGGCGUCAGCGCUGCUGCCAUCUUCCCCACCUGCUUCCCUCCUGGUGCCCCACGGCAUCGCGUUUUGCCAAAAGAGGGAAACUUUUAGAAAAUAAGAAAGAAAGGGGGUGGGGGGUUGAAAUCCUGCACAUCGUCGUCGGGAGGUGACGGCAGGCGUAACCGCGAGGCCAGCAGGUCUGGGUGCAACCCUGGGCCAUGGAACCAUCACGGCUUUCUCUUUUUGUCCUUCAGGUUUUUUUCUGCACCAGGAAAGGCAUCUCCUCUCCCGGCCCCCAGUGAAAGGCCGAGGCCAACACGGGGUGGGUUUUGCCCGGGGGGUGGGGGGCAGUGUGAGAAAAUCGGCAGUGGGAGCUGGUGGCACUGGUGGUGGCACCAGUGGUGGCCUUGGUGGUGCUCUGGGCAACAGGAAUAAGGUGCAUUUCCUACCUAAAUAAAUAAAUACAUAAAUAAACCAGGUGCCUGUCUC